GAUGUGUGUGCUCUACAUUCCAAAAACAGUCCUAAGCCUUUCAGAACACACAUUUUUUGAAGAGCUGCUCGCAAGCCCGUUUUGUGAUCCUAAAACUACAUUUGGGGAUUUUCAGUAAGACUCAACAAUGGGUAGAGCGACAACAGGGAUUCUUUGGUUGAUGCUAACUCUGGGAGUAGUCACAGCUCAAAUAGGUAAGGUGGAGCGGACACUGCCCCAGUGGCUGACGGGCAUCAUAGCUGUGGGCGUGUUUCUCUUCAUCAUCUUCGUGGCGUUUCUGGUCAACAAGGCCUGGUGUCAGGACUCAAGGCUGGAGACCAAAGUAUGUGAGUGUGUGGAGACCACUGGCUAUGCCAAUACCAAUGGAGACAACUAUAAUAUCAGCCUGGAUACAGUCAGGAACGGCGAUCACGAGAGUGCAUAUGAGAACAUGGCCCUUGAAAGCAUGGAGGACAAAGUCACUGUCAUGUGACCGAUAAGAACCAAUACAAGACACCAAUGUGUAUGGGUUUGUCGUGGACACACACGGUCCUAAAGUGUGAUUCAACGCUUAAUAGACGUGAAAAAUAAAAUGGAAAAUUCUCAUAACAAUGGAAGCAUCUGAAAUAUUUGCUAUCAGCGUAUGAACGAGACGUGGUAGCACAACUCAACGAAAUAAAUUCACUUCCAGAUCAGAGGUAGGACAUGGUGGAAAUGAUUGUGCUCUCCUUGUAUUUAAUAAAACAUGGAACAUCAUCAAA